ACCAAAACAAUCACUUAAUCUCCUUAAAAGUUGAGAUGAACUUUGCUUAAAUGUGCUGCGUUCAUUUCAAAGUUCUCGGCUAAAGUUUUGUGAAUUUCUAUGUUAUGAUGGAUUUGAUCAUAAAUGAUGAAUGAUCAACCAUUUUUUAUAUUUACCAUUUAGAAACACAAUCUAAGGGUUUUAAUUUUCUCCUGAAGUUAACCUUUGUUCAGCUCUGAUCUUGCACCGAGAUUUCUUUUAAGUGAAAACAAGUCCAAAGUCCUAUUUGUGGGUGGAGUUUAUGAUUACCAUAAUAUACGAUUUUGUUGUUUACUAAACAAAACCAGGUAUUUUUUCCACAAUUCGUUGAUGCUUAUUCUAUUUAAAGGUUUUGUAUCAAUGAUUGCAAAAAUAUACUUGUAAUGAAAGAGCUAGAGCAGAUUUGAAAUCAUUAGAAACAGUUCCAGCUGUGCACUAGACCCCGAAAUUAAUCUUUGGUCGAAAAUCUUCAAAUCUGUUAAAUACAGUUUUUUAAAUAUCAGGCCAUGUAUAUUAUAUAAAUACUGGGCCUCUAUCAAAGGAUAAAUCAGUUCUAACCCUAGCAUCAUGCCACCCUCUGCUCUCACCAAUAAAGAUAUCCCCGUUAGCUCCGGGCUGCCUAAGACCCUGUUCCUUCUGGGAGGGUACACGGAUAAGUCUGUGCUGGCCCACAACCCUGGUGGGGAGGAGGGGGAGGGGUUCUACUCUGUUAUAUUUGAUCCAGAACUAGGAAAACUUAAACAGCUCAAGUCCUCGAAGAUUGAGCCAAAUCCUGCGUUUAUAAUGAAGCAUCCAGCCCUUGAUCUUGUUUAUAUGACGACAGAGGUUAUAAAUGAUUCAGGUAGUGAAGUACUGACCGGAGCACUGAACCGUUCUUCCGGUCAGGUUACGGUCAUAGACAGGAAGAAGGUCCACGGUCGGUCAACAUGUCACCUGGAGUGGGAUUCCGGCUACAAACAUUUGAUUGCAGUCAGCUACUGGGACAGCAAGCUAACUACCUUCGCGGUCAGCGAAGAUGGAUCUUUGGAAGAUGCAUUCCAGGUUUUCAUUCUUUACAUACAAAUUAGGCAUUUUUUCCUUCAUUCUGAUGGAAUUGAGUUUAUCAGUACAGUUAAUCUUGAUCCAUUCAGCGGCAAAAUAUUCCUUGUUCCAGAUCUAGGAAGGGAUCAGUUGUACGUGUAA